GGAACUUGUGAUCCUGUUCUACCAGGCCACAAAAGGGCCAGAGGAAAUCGGUCUUCAGAAGAUGAAGCUCUGCGGCGCCAGCUGCGUCUAAAUCGUUUGGAAAUUGCCAGAACUACUCUACUUUCUCACUCUAUUUUAGACAGCCAUGCUUCAUCCCAAGCAUCGAAUGAUUCUAACGAGUCUGGCUUCGAUGCACUUAUAAUCGCCACUCGUUUUCAUCCAUCCGACAUCACUAUGCUACUUCUCCAGUUCCUACCCAUAGGAAGGCCCUUCGUAAUUUACUCUAUGUUUCUACAGGUUGACUUGACAGUGACUUGA